AUGUAUCGCCAAAUUCUCAUCGAUCUUCGCGAUAUAAGUUAUCAGCGGAUUCUAUGGAAAGCAACGCCUUCGGAACCGUUAACCAAUUAUCAAUUAUUAACAGUCACGUACGGAAUGUCAUGUGCUUCGUUCCUGUUACUUCGAGUUUUAAAACAAUUAGUGAUCGACGAAGAUCAGCACUUUCCACUCGCGGUUCCGAUCUUACGCGAUAAUAUCUAUGUCGACGAUGUGCUCUUCGGAGUCGACGAUCCGAUUCUUAUUCGGCAAGCUCGGGAUCAACUAAAUUCUUUAUUGAAACGCGGCGGAUUCGUGCUAAGAAAAUGGAGCAAUUCACCUGCCCUCCUCGCCGACAUCGACAUAACAGAUCACGGUUUAGCCACUAAAAAACUUCUCGUUGAAGACGAACAAAUCAAAAUCCUCGGAAUCGGGUGGAAUCCGGCAAACGAUAUUUUCGAGUUUCGCGUGUCGCUGGUUGAUAAUGCCCCGGAAACCAAGCGUACGAUCUUAUCCGCGAUUGCUAAAUUCUAUGACCUGCUAGGUUGGGUCACUCCGGUCACUAUCACAGCGAAAAUAUUCAUGCAACAGCUCUGGCAAACGAAAAUAGAUUGGGACGAUACUAUUUCCGAAAUUCUCUUCACAAAAUGGAACGAAAUCUAUUCCCGGAUUUUGCAUUUAAGCCAGUUGCGGAUAUCUCGCUGGAGUGAUCUCGGAUUGGAAAAUAAUCACGCGGAAAUCCACGGAUUCGCCGACGCGUCAAUCCACGCUUCCGCCGCAGCCGUUUAUCUUAAGGGGAUCCUAAACCGACGGGCGAACUCCGACGGGUUAGCGCCCUCAUCUAAACGUAACUAA